UGAGUUAUAGCUUUAAAGUUUAAACUGAUUUGCGCAAAUCUAAAGUUGGCUUGACUUUUCGAUUUGAUGCAUGUUUUGUCUUUUGCUUUUCUUUGUCACCUUGUUUUUGGACAAUGGAAAAUUGUGUCGCCAAAAUCCUUCUUGCAACUGCGUUUGCAACCUUACUUCUGAUAUCCGACGCGCAACUUCUGCCCGAAAAUGAAGUUGAAGCUCUUCAAAUAAUAUCCUCAAAGCUACACAACACUUAUUGGGACUAUAUUAAUGGAAGCUCUUGCUAUGGUGGAUUUAACUUCAAUGAAGGGGUUAAGAAUGUAUACAGCAGUUUAGUGUGCGACUGUACCUUUAAUAGUAGCACCGUAUGCCAUGUAACUCACAUGCAGUUGAGGGGUCUCAACUUGACUGGAACUUUGCCUGAGGAGUUUGUGAAUCUCACUUAUCUGCAAGAGUUAGAUCUCACUCUAAAUUACCUCAGUGGAUCAAUUCCUACGAUAUUUGGCCAACUUCGACUUAUCAAGUUGUCCCUUCUUGGAAACCACAUUAGUGGUAAAAUCCCAGCUGAAAUUGGAAACAUAACCACUCUAGAAGAUCUGGUCUUGGACGAUAAUCUGCUAGAAGGAAAUCUACCUGAGAACCUUGGAAGUUUGAGCAAUUUGAAGAGGCUCCUGCUUUCUGCGAACAAUUUCAGUGGAAACAUACCAGCAACAUUUGGCAAUCUAAGGAACUUGAGAGAUUUUAGGAUAGAUGGGAGCAGAAUGUCAGGGAAAAUACCUGAUUUUAUUGGAAACUGGGCCCAACUUACAAGACUAGAUAUGCAAGGGACAUCAAUGGAGGGUCCUAUUCCUGCAGCAAUAUCCCGGUUGAAACACUUGACAGAUCUGAGGAUAUCCGAUGUCGAAGGAACAGCCAUGAGUUUCCCAAAUUUGCGAAGGAUGAGAGGCAUGCAGUAUUUGAUUUUGAGAAAUUGCUCAAUUACUGAUACAAUUCCUGCAUACAUAGGAGACAUGACUCAACUAGACACUCUUGACCUCAGUUUCAAUAUGCUGAAUGGCGAAAUCCCCGGCAAGCUUGAAGUGCUAGAAAAACUGAGAUUCAUGUUUUUGUCUCACAACUUGCUGACUGGAGAGAUACCUGGUUGGAUCUUGAAUAGCAGACAGAAUAUGGAUCUAUCUUACAACAACUUCACAGUGUCCUCUGCAAGUAGCUGCCGGCAGUUUUCCACUGUAAAUUUAGUUGCAAGUGAUUCAAAUGCAUCUAACAAUUCAACCUUAUGGUGUUUGCAACGAGACCUUCCUUGUGCCAGUAACCCCAAGUAUUACUCACUUUUCAUAAAUUGUGGAGGAGGAAGGGUUAGCUUUGAAGGAAAUGAAUAUGAAGAUAAUGCAAUUGAUGCAGGUCCAUCACACUUUGAAUCCACUGAUAGAUGGGGAUAUAGCAGCACAGGGAUUUACAUGGGAAAUGACAGAGGCAGAUUCGUCGCACAAAAUGAUACUCCAAUGUCAUCAGUGAAUGCAACAAUAUAUGAAACAGCUCGUCUUUCCCCGUCUUCACUUAAGUAUUAUGGACUUUGCUUGCGCAGAGGUAGCUAUAAAGUGCGUCUCCAUUUUGCUGAAAUAAUGUUUUCUGAUGACUCCAAAUUUAGCAGCAAUGGAAGAAGGAUAUUUGAUGUGGCGAUACAAGGGCACGUGGUGUUGACAGACUUUAACAUAGCGGAAGAAGCUAAGGGUGUUAGGAAAGGUAUCUUUAGAGAUUUUGACGUUCUUGUGGAUGGUAGCACCUUGGAGAUCCACUUGUACUGGACAGGAAAGGGGACGACGGCCAUUCCUGACAGAGGUGUAUAUGGACCAUUGAUAUCUGCAAUUGCUGUGAUGCCUAAUUUUGAUGUUAGUACGGGGGAGCUGUCUGUCGGAACCAUUAGUGGAAUUGUCAUCUCUUCAGUUGUGGUCGUGCUGUUGAUUUUAUAUAUUCUCCGGUGCGGAGGGUAUCUUGGAAGAGAAGAAGUCGAAGAUAAAGAACUUCGAGGGCUUGAUCUGCAAACUGGAUACUUUACUUUAAGACAGAUUAAAGCUGCUACAAAUAACUUUGAUAAUGCUAACAAGAUUGGUGAGGGAGGAUUUGGGCCUGUCUACAAGGGUAUCCUGUCCGAUGGAACAGCAAUUGCAGUUAAGCAGCUCUCGUCUAAGUCAAGACAAGGAAAUCGUGAAUUUGUGAAUGAAAUCGGCAUGAUAUCUGCCCUAAAACAUCCCAACCUUGUCAGGCUCUUUGGCUGUUGCAUAGAAGCAAACCAAUUGCUACUGAUCUAUGAAUAUCUAGAGAACAACUGUCUUGCUCGAGCACUCUUUGGUCGUCAGGGACAAAGAUUGAACCUCGACUGGUCAACAAGAAAAAGGAUAUGUUUAGGAAUUGCAAGGGGGCUUGCAUAUCUCCACGAAGAAUCGAGGCUGAAAAUCAUCCAUAGAGACAUAAAGGCAACUAAUGUUCUUCUGGAUAAGGAUUUAAAUGCUAAGAUAUCCGAUUUUGGGUUGGCAAAGCUUGAUGAAGAGGGGAAAACUCAUAUUAGCACACGCGUCGCUGGAACUGUAGGAUAUAUGGCACCUGAGUAUGCGAUGAGGGGCUAUCUGACGGACAAAGCAGACGUUUACAGCUUUGGAAUCGUGGCGCUGGAAAUUGUCAGUGGCAAAAGCAACACUAGUUACAGGCCAAAAGAGGAGUUUGUGUACCUUCUUGAUUGGGCGUACGUGCUACAAGAGCAAGGAAGUCUUGUGGAGCUUGUGGAUCCAAGUCUUGGGUUGGAGUACUCGGAAGAAGAGGCAUUGCGGAUGCUAAACUUGGCUCUGCUGUGCGCCAACCCCUCCCCGACUCUGAGACCUUCCAUGAGCUCAGUGGUGAGCAUGCUCCAAGGCAAAAUCCCAGUUCAAGCGCCACUUGUGAAGUGCGGUGGAAUGCACGAGGGUGUGAGAUUGAAAGCGUUCAGGGAGGAUAGCCAGAAUGGUGUGUCUGAUGAUAGCAGGGAACAAAGAGGUGUGUCAAUGGAUGGACCAUGGAUUCAUACCUCCUCCACCAACAAGGAUCAAACUCAGGAUUAUUUGGCUUCUCUGUUUGUUCAUACUUGUUGAUGUCUUCUCUCUUUCUCAUAAGUUUCUAUGAUGCCAUUUUAAUACUAUGGGGAACAGAAAUACAAAAUGCCUUCAAACUAAACUUCCCCUUAAAAGUAUUAGUUUAUACAUUCAAAAAGUAAUAGUUGG